CCCGCCCCUUUAAUGCCUGCAGGCCUCCUGGCCAUUGAUCACCUUUCAGGUCAUUCGCAUGAGCGACUGGAGCGAGUGACAGCUAUUUCGAACACAUCGGGAGUCGUUUGUACGCCACGUAACUUUAGUUAUGCCUUUGCGGGUGGUAGUGCAGGGUCCUGGGCCGUGGGGAUUCCGGCUGGUCGGAGGAAAAGACUUCGAGCAGCCGCUGACUAUUUCUCGGGUGACAUCUGGAAGCAAAGCAGCCGAGGCCAACGUUUGUGUCGGCGAUGUGAUCUUAGCUAUUGAUGGUGAAGCUACCGACAACAUGACUCACUUGGAAGCUCAAAACAAAAUUAAGGGGUGCAUACAGGAGAUGGUACUUUCUAUAGAUAGAUCAGAAAAUAAAAUGUGGUCGCCACUGUCAUCAGAAGAAGGAAAGUCGCAUCCCUACAAGAUGAAUCUUGCAUCAGAGCCACGGGAAAUGAAACAAAUAGGCUCCGCCCACAACAGGAGUGCCCUACCGUUCUCGGGUUUUGGUUCAAAGGUCGUGACCAACCAGUACAACAACCCAGCUGGCCUUUACUCCUCAGAGAAUAUCAAGAACUUCAACUCGGCUGUGGACGAAGUCAAAACCUUGACCACAACUAACGAGUCUGACACUGUACCUGCAGAUCCGUCAAAGUCCAGCAAGCGACCACCUGUGGCGGCAGAUUCAGAAGUCUACAAAAUGCUGCAAGAGAACCAGGAGUCUGAUGAGCCUCCCCGCCAGUCCGCGUCCUUCAAGGUGCUGCAGGAGAUUCUCGAGACGGGUAAUUCCGACAAACCAUCAGGGUUCAGGAGUGUGAAAGCACCGACAACAAAAAUCGGCUCCUCCAUUGGAAAUGCUGAGAAGCUUCCCAUUUGUGAUAAAUGUGGAUCAGGGGUUGUGGGGAUGUUAGUGCAGCUGCGCGACAAGUUCCGACACCCCGAGUGCUACACCUGCACAGACUGCGACGUCAACUUGAAACAAAAGGGACAUUUCUUUGUGGACGACCAGAUUUACUGCGAGAAGCAUGCUCGCGAGCGAACGACACCCCCCGAAGGCUACGACGUGGUCACGGUCUUUCCAAAGUAGAGGGAUCUUAGACCUCGGCCUCAAGACUGCACGCUAGUUUUAGCACAUCAAGGCAUUUAUACACUUUUUUUUUUUUUGUGCAGACAUUGGAAGAGUGCCGAUUUGCACAAAAGAACUCUGGCAUAUACAAUUCAUAAACACUUCAUGCUUUUGGGUUAGUCAAUUCCCGUAUAGCCACUGAUUUGAAUGAUAAUUAGUGCAGUAUUCACAGGAAAGGAACCACUGUCUUUUCGGAUCUCAUGCUUGACAAUACACAGCAUGCAUCAUUUUUUUGUAUUGUUUUUAUUGAAUAGAACUAUUGUACAAAAAUAUUCCAAAAACAUUUUCAUAUCAAUGCCAAAUAAAUAUUUUGAUUUUA